CGCCAACUUAAUUCGCCUCACGUUCAUUUCGAACUUCUCCCAUCUCCUUCUGAGCUGAGUUCCUUCUCAUCUCGAUCUCACUAUGGAAGAUUCACUUUCUCACGGUUCUCUUUGCGAUUUUCUAUUUCUCACUCGAGCCGUUCUCUCAUUCUCACGCUCUGCAUUCAAACAAAACUCACAAUUACCACGAAUCAAGAGAACAAUCCGUAGCAUAAACUGUUUCCUUCUCACUCUCACUCAGUCUCAUCGGAAACAUUGAACGGGAAGGACGCGUUUCGUCGUCGCGGCCAGUCAACGAGUUUCGUGUUCCUGUGGUGUGGGCUUGUGCUAUUCUGUCGAAGGGUAACGUAUCAAGUGGAAGAGGGGUCGUUUGUUGGUUUCGUUCGUGUGCCAUGCGUUCUUUGCCAUCCCAGUGCUGUGCUGUGUCGUUCAAGUUUCUUGCAUUGCCUCGUCGCUGUCAAGGGUUGUUGUGAUCCCAAACCAAAAGUGAAAAACCGACAACUGGCGGCAACUGGACGCAGUCGGUAGUGAAAAUAUGGUUGGAUAGUGCCUAGUGUGCUUGGGAAUGUAAAAUUCAGUCUUGGUGCAAGUUGGUGUGAAAUGUUGAAGUGGAGUUCUUCAAGGUCGCCUGUCGACAUUAUCAUGUGAAGAGAUGUUAAAAAUGCUCUCGUGGGAGAUAUAGUGCUGCAAGUAUGUGAAAAAGGAAUAAAAAUAAUUGUUAAAAUAUCCACGACCUAAGGCGCCUUCAAUGAAAAUGAUUUGAUGCAAUCGUGACCGUGAAAAUAAUGAUAGUGUACGACCAGAAGUGAGAAAGUGUGAGAAAAAGCCUCCGGAAAGAUGCAACCGGUACUUCUGCAUCAAUCGUCAUCGACAACGGCAUUCUACGUCAUCAGUGCGAGAAUCAAAAGGUGCAAGUGAAAUGGUCCUUCGGUUUGGAUCUUGAUACAAGCAUAAACCAUGUGAAGGUUUUAUUUCAAAUCAAAGAAUUAAGAGUGCGCUAGAAUCCCAUUUCUGGUUCUCCGAAAUUGACGUACUUGUCUGGAGAAUGAUAGUACGGUAGCCGUUGGAUUACAAAAGGCGUCUGAUAAAUCGAAUUUGGAUUAACAUCGAAUGAUUUAUCACCCUCGGAUAUCUAAAACGAUGAUAACACAGUCGAAUUCACUGACGCGCGAUCGUGGCUAGUGAGAAAAUGAUUUUACUACAUAGCGGUUUAAACAAUGUUUCUCAUUAAAAAUACUAGUUAAAGGGACAAUUUUAACCUAGUGUUUAUAUGCAUUAGCAUUAUUGCAGAAAAGAACGAUAAAAUCUGUUAAGGUUAAGGUUAAAAUUGGAGUUUUUUUUGUGUAGCAAAGGAUAAUUUUGAAUAACUGGAAUGUUAUGACAUUAAUCGUUAAACAAUGGAAAACUGUUUGACGAAAGAAUUAUAAGAGGCACACCAUUAAAACCACCGACUACCAGGGAAUGUCGCGGAAAGUGACUUACGGGUGGCCUAAUGUGUAGCUUCGUGUUGUUCCCACUAAAGGGAUACUGCUCAACUGGCACACAUACGCUACACUGCACACGUACAAACACAUACUCAAGAUAACAACGGCUACUGCGCGGGUCGUAAACAUGAGGAUAACAGCGGCGACAUUGUUUCCAUUAUUUAUCGGCUUGUUCGGCUUGGUGGAGAAUGUAAUUGGCCUCAAAGUGAAUAAGGAUCACCAACAUCAGCGACCGCUCUCAGGUGGUCCGCUCGAUAGAGGUCGGCGAGGUUAUACGUCGGUAAACGACGACUUUGGCUACAUUUCCGAUGCCAUGCUGCCGGAUGUACAUGGCGACAGUACCAGCUCACUCGGUGCAACUGUAUCAAAGGGCGCCAGUAACGCUGGUGUUUCGCCGUACAAAUCGGAUGGCUCCACCAGCUUACCGGCUUUCUCCGGCACGGUUACCAACGCAAAGCCAACGCUUGGUGCUGAAGACCGAGAGGAAGACGAGGAAGAAGGAGAUGAGGACGAUGGAUAUGAGGAUGGUGGUGAGCUAUUGGGCAACUUCGAUGAAGACAGUCGAGACACCGAGGAUCGAGCUCCGAAUGAGAAUAAGCACGACUCGUUGGACUACACAGAUAACUUUGAGGUAGCGGCUAUCGAUCAGAUUGAGAGCUUUGGGGCGGGAAAUGACGGAACGCCGCUUCCGGUAUUUAUAGUGGAGCCAAAGAGUGCUUAUGUAAUGAAGAACCGACCAGCCAAGCUGUACUGCAAGGCAUCACAUACACUGCAGAUCUCAUUCAAGUGCAGCGGAAGUACGAAACCACCACCGACGGAGAAAGAACACCACACCGAUCCGCACAGUGGUGUUCAACUGCAGGAAGCCACGGCUACCAUCACCCGCGAACUCGUCGACGAGUUCUUCGGCAAAGGUGCAUUCAAAUGUGAAUGCCGUGCCUACUCCUCCCGCGGAGACGUUAAGACCCAACCGGUUACGAUCCAAGUGGCAACCAUUAAGAAACAAAUUAGCAUCUCACCGAAGAUCGUGCGAGUCGCCACGGGUGGUCAGGCCGAGCUGAACUGCAUCGCUAAUGCAACACCGGCGGCCAAAGUCGUGUGGCUGAAGAAUGGUGUUCCGGUGCAAGCCAAUCCACCGUUCGUACUACUGCCCGAAAGCUCGCUGCUGAUUGCUCGAGUGGAACUACAGGACAUGGCCAAUUAUACAUGUGUUGCGGAGAACAUCGCCGGUAAGCGCGUAUCUGAACCAGUUCCAAUCACCGUCUACGUUGAUGGAGGUUGGAGCCAAUGGAGUCCAUGGACGGACUGCAAAUGUCCCGGUCAUCCCAAGCAAGGCCAAAAACGUACUCGUGUGUGCAAUAGUCCUGUGCCAAUAAACAACGGCGCAGCCUGCAAAGGACUGAGCACAGAGUCUACACCCGAUUGUCUUCCUUGCUCUGCCGGGCGCUGGUCAAGCUGGUCUGAAUGGAGUGAUUGUGGUCCAGAUUGUACCCAGAUUCGGCAGCGCUCGUGUAUCAGCAGUUCAGCUGCAGCUCAAAUGUCUUCAGUUGGAAAUAUUCCAGUGGCCACGGCAGCUUUAGUUGCUAACAGCUCCUCGGCCCAAGCAUUCGCUAUUGAUAGUGGGACUAUCAUUAGCUGCGUUGGAAAAAGCCAACAGUCCAUCAAAUGUACUGGAGGAUUGUGUAACUACACGGCACAUGAUUCGAAUUGGUCCAUGUACCUGUGGGUCACACUGAUCGCCGCAUUCAGUUUAGGAAUUUUGUUUGCAGUCUUAAAAUUCAUCCGAAGAAAGAAAACCAUUCCAGCAUAUAAUUUGGCUCGUUCAGAAAUGCCGACCGAAUAUUUCGCCAACGAGAGCAAAAAGCUGACCCAUUUCCAGCCGGAUCUGACGCAGAACACGGGCCCCAUCAAUUACGAGUACCCGAUGACAGCGUCCCACCACCAGCCACACACCCAUCUUCCGGGUCACCUACAUCAUCAUCAUCUGUCUUCGCUGCACCACCAGCACGGUAGCAGCCUGCUGGGGCCGGUGGUAGUUGCCGGACACGGACAGCUUCAUACCCAGGGCCAAUCGCAACAAGCGCCAACCCUUCCGAUCGGGGGCCUUAAAUCGUCAUUGCCUUUGCCACGGUCCAAUUCCGAGCACCAUUACGACGUGCCCCAUUUAUGCAAUAACUACAUCUACCCAUUGGACAAAGUUAGCAUCAAUGAAUCAUACUCGUCGUCUACCUAUUCCAAACGCGUGUGCAGCGUGGAAUCGCUCGAGACAUCGACCAACACAUCGGCAGAUUCCGCCUACGAUCAGGCACCGAUGAUUCCCAACAAUUCGCCUGCCAUUCGACCGACGACCUUAGUGGAAGAGGCGGGAACAUUCCGGGGCACCGAAGUAACACAAGCGACGCUUACGCCGGCCGGAGCAUUGCUUAAGCUUAACACCUACUCGACCGCGUUGCUAAUCCCCGAAGGGGCCAUUCCGAAGCACCAGCGGCACAGCGUGGUUCUCUCGAUCGUGCGCGACGACAAGCAUCACGUGCCGGUACCGACCGGGCCGCGCUCGACCUACCUUAGCCCGGUAGUGUUUUGUGGGCCGGUCGAUACGAAAGUAAACAAACCGAUCGUCAUGAAGCUGCCGCACUGUGCCGAGAACCUUUCCAACUGGGCCUUUUCGCUCUACAGCGCCCCAGACAAUGUAACGUCGUGGAGCAAGGUCGUGACCAUAGGCGAGGAGACGAUCAACACACCGGCCCUGGUGCAGAUCGAUAAGCGGUACGCGUACGUACUGACCGAAACGUUCGGCAAGUACGUACUGGUAGGUGAAUCGGCCACCGACAUACAGGAACGGGUAGCGUGCAAGAAACUGCGGCUAUUUAUCUGCGGCCCGUCAACCAUUCCCGAGUUUUCCGAUGUCAGCUUGCGGAUCUACAUCGUCGAAGAUAACCCAGGUGCUGAGGAACGUUGCAGACACUGCGAACAAGAGAUUGGCGGCGUUGUGCUUGGUCGCAGCUCGAUUCUACACUUUGCUGACGUCGGACAGGGUCUUAUCAUCGACAUGCAGUGUGUUGGAGGUUGGCGAACGAAGAGUACCAGCGAACGACAGACGAUACCGUUCUCGCACGUGUGGAACAGCAACUGCACAGCACUGCACUGUAGUUUCACGCUAUGCCGAACCGAACACGACAAGUGUGACUUCAAGAUCGAGGUACAAGCGACACAGGAUCUCGGAUCGUUCGAAAGUCUCAGUUCCAUCGGUGCACCAGCCACGAUGAGCAUCUCGUCGUUUGUUCCGAUGCCGAAAGAUGGCCAGUGUCAGCAUUCAUCUAGUUCCUUCGAAACCAUGACCAUCUGUAGCGUUGGGUCCGGUUCGGGCGACCACACCAACGUUCUCGCUACCGAUCGCUUCCGGCUAUCGAAGGACGUCAAACGGAAGCUGUGCCGGUGUCUCGACCCACCAACCCAGAAGCGUAACGAUUGGCGCAUGCUCGCCGCUCACCUCAACGUUGACCGUUACCUCACGUAUUUCGCCACCCGGCCCUCGCCCACCGACCAGAUCCUCGAUCUGUGGGAGUGUCGCAAUCGCGAGCUGAACGCUUUGCAGCAACUGAUCGAGAUCUGUCGCACGAUGGAACGACCGGAUGCGGUCGCGAUACUCGAACAGAUCCAAACAGCUCCCUGGGUGUAGGUCGAUCGUUAUGCUCAUUACGAUGGCUACGGUGGCCACCGGUAUACGGAAGCCACUGCCAGAACUAACGAAUAACCAAGCGAUGGCUGCGAUAUAGGUCAAGUCACUCUUUAUAAAUAUUUAUAAUUCAUUAUCUCCAAACGGACACCGCUAGCCGGUCUGUCAGUGUGUUGCACCAACCGUUUGUCGAAUGACUGACAGGCGGGCUGUCCUGGAACUUCUCGGCACCCUUUUCCUCCCCUGUCUGCCCCAUUCCUGAACUGGACAAUCCUAUCGGACAAUCUUUUAUUAACUCUUCCACUGCUGCAAAGCUGAUAGCCAACCACUACACGAAUUGUCGGAUGUCAUUUACUGACACUGACACGGCACGGAUGCGAGGCGUCAUUGUACUGAUUGCAAUUGCACGAUGUUACGAUGCACUGCACCGGAUUGCAGCAGCCACCACGGCGAUGGCCAACACAGAGGAGGGUCCUGUGUCCGUUCGACGUAAAGCCUUUCGAAUCGUGAAGUUCAGAGGCGGAGAGGUCAGCUAAAAAGGUCAGUUUUGGCGAGGGAAUGUGUUAUAUACGACAGUGCAACAGUGUACAUUGGUUGGGCAAUCGUAACGCGAACUUGCAGACGGUAGAACGACUGCAUAAAGGUGAUUUCUUGUUUCUUUUCUCCAUUUUUCAAUCUGUAUAAUCUAACAUAGCCGUGUAAGAACCCGGUUUCUUUACCUACACGCAACAAACAUACAAUUAAUCUCAAACAAAACUAUAUCGCUCAAUCACAGAAGUUCACUCGGUGUGUUGGCUAGCACAAUGUAUCGAAGUCGUUUUGAUAUAGAAAUAUUGGAAGUUGUGCAAAAUACCCUUCGGUGUCGUUUUGGGGUACAUUAUCAAUUCACAAUUCAUAUCAUAAAAUGACGAAAUGAUUUUGUUUUUGUAUUUGAACUGGUUAUAGCUCUUUCAGCGAUGCCAUUUUCUGAGUAAUUUUUUUUAAAAGUCCUCUACUCUCCCCAUUCUACAAUAAUAUCUCCUUUUCAAAAUAGUUUUUUUGUCUCCUUACUAUACUAUUUUUAUGGCAAGAUGCAGCAAAGAAUGAAAAUAGAAAAAAAAAACAAACCAAUAGAAUUAAUACAUAAGACUGAACGAAUUCGUGUAGCGAGCGACGUAUGAUAAUUAACAAACUAGUUCGAAUGCAAUCGUGCGUAAUCGUAAUAUUAGACCAGAAUGGAACAAUACCAAAAGAGGAACAUUUUGGAAAAUUGCAAGGAUUUGAGGACUAUUUGCUUCACUACCAAGGCGAAAUGUGUUGGAGCUAUCGAAAUGGGAAACGUUGCCCAGUGUCCUUCUUUAAAAUGUGUUGUAUAUUUAAUGAAAAGAAAAUCCCUUUCUAGAGUUAGCAUGUAUCUCUGUCCAAAUAUCCAGUGUUGUAUGAAACGAACUAUGUUAAAGCUGAUUUCAUCUACUGUUUUCUUUUUUCAUCUAGCAUACAAAAAGAGGGAUUUAAUCAUUCGCGAUUAAGUGCAUUACAUGCGCACAACUGUUUCCUUAAACAUACUU